CGCGCCGCAGCUGAGAUUGACAGCCAGUGUUGACGUGCGCGCUUUAUUUAUUACGGCUACGAAAUGUCAUCUAAUAUAAUAAGCGAUAAAUAUCCAAAUGAUGUGAAGUUGAAUAGUUUUAGUGCAUUUACUGAUAAAAGUUUAGCGCCGAUAAACGGUAGGUAUAGAUCGAAAAGUUUGUCGAGUGAUAAGUUGAACAAAACGAAUGCGGAUCGAGCGGCUAUAUUGGAAGAUAUCGAAGACCAUCACGUUUCAGAGAAGUCGGAGACUCCAGGCUGUCUGGUCGGCAAUAGAGUUUCGGAUCAAGGAGGUCACAACACUAUGAACGGGUUCAAUUCAAAAGAGGGCAAAGUAUCGUACGGCACAGACAGCCCAGCAAGAGGUCGGAGAGUCAUAUUCUGUGUGCACGGCAACCCAUCGACAGGGUGCUGUGCGGUCAUAGAAACCAGUGCUGACGGAGAAGAUGGAGACCAGCGCAAUGGAAGCAUAUCGGAGGUUGAAAGACAUUGCCACAGAUCGAGGAAUGAAGAAAUAGACAAAAGGGCGCGAAGAAAGUUGAUCAUAGCCAGUAUACUAUGUGUUAUAUUUAUGAUAGGAGAAAUUGUAGGUGGUUACUUGUCAAACAGUUUAGCGAUAGCCACGGAUGCUGCUCACCUGCUCACAGACUUCGCUAGUUUUAUGAUUUCUCUAUUCUCAUUAUGGGUGUCCAGCAGGCCAGCAACCAGACGCAUGCCCUUCGGCUGGUACCGUGCGGAGGUGAUAGGAGCCCUAACAUCGGUGCUUCUGAUCUGGGUGGUAACUGGAGUGCUAGUGUAUAUGGCAGUCCAGCGAGUUAUAUACAAGCAGUUCGAGAUCGACGCUACUGUCAUGCUUAUUACCUCCGCUGUGGGCGUUGCUGUUAAUCUUGUCAUGGGUCUGACGCUGCACCAGCACGGACACUCGCACGGCGGCGGCGGCGGACACGGACACUCGCACGGUAGCAGCAACCCCGUGCUUAAUAAUAAGAAGGAGCGAGCAGACUCCGAUGCUGAGAGUUCCAAUUCUCACUCUCACUCUCACCAGCAAGAGAACAUCAACGUCCGCGCCGCCUUCAUCCACGUGCUCGGAGACUUCCUGCAGAGCUUCGGAGUACUCAUCGCCGCCAUCGUCAUCUACUUCAAGCCGAGUUGGAACCUGGUAGACCCGAUCUGCACAUUCCUGUUCUCCGUAUUGGUGCUGAUCACCACAUUCAACAUCAUCAAGGAUACCCUCUUAGUGCUCAUGGAGGGAUCGCCUAGAGGUGUUGAUUUCCAGGAGGUAGCAAACACUUUCCUGUCUCUGCCCGGAGUAGUUCGCAUACACAACCUGCGCAUGUGGGCCUUAUCGCUCGACAAAACUGCACUGUCCGCGCAUUUGGCUAUCCGUACCGGAGUGAGUCCCCAGAAAGUUCUAGAAGAAGCAACCAGAUUAGUUCAUGAUAAAUACAACUUCUUCGAGAUGACGCUACAAAUCGAAGAGUUCAAUGAUGGCAUGGAAGACUGUAGCCAGUGCAAGAUGCCUCAAGCCUAAAUGUUGGUACACAGCUUUUAUCAUGGAGAACAAAAUGACUAGCGGAGAUGCCAUAACGAAAAAUCUCCUAAGAAAGUAUCGCGCCAAAAUGCGGGGGACGAGCGUUACUAGCCUCCCCUCACACGCUUUUUUUAAAACCAGCCCAUUUUUUCAAAAUAAAAGCACCAUUCUGUCAAAGAUUGACAAGGGUCUCGAGCGCCUCGUAAGUUCUAGUAUGUGAUCGUUUUGAUCACACCUGCCGUACGUUGCUAGACCUACAAGAAGGCGCCUGACCUACCGUCCUUAUGGCAUCUCCGCUCAUCUUUCUUUCUUCCGUGGCUUUUGUAAAUAUCUAUCGGUGCUAAGAAGGUGCUAUAUGAUAUUUUGAUAAUAUCUACAGUACAUAUUUUAAGGUACUGUGCUAUAAAUUAUUCAUGAAGUGAUACAAAGACAAUAUUUUGCUCACUUAAAAUUAUUGAUUGAUUGAUUGAUUCUUCAGUGCAAUAAUUACAAAAUUAUACAGUAGCUCGAAAACUAACUGCCUAAAAGUUAUAUACACCUGUAACUCACCAGUCACGCCAACUUCUUAUAAGAAAAGUUCCAUCUAUUUUAUUAACAACGCACUGCGUUCGACAGUAUUUAUUAUAUUUAAAUAACAACCACUUGGUUCGUAGCAUAUCUUAAAUGUUACUAAGUUGUUGAAAAUGUAUGGAAAUCCAAGUAUUUUCGUCUAACUUGGGCCCUCAAAUCAUAGCGAAUUUACGCAUAAAACGUUGCAAUGUUGUGCCUUUAGUUAUCAUCGCCAAUUUAGUGUCUAAAAAACUAUUUUAAAGUUAAGAAUAAUAUGUCUUUAAAAAAAGUCCAAUCGGAUACAAAUAAAAAAACAUAUAAGCAAUGUCUUCCUAAGAGAAAAUAUGGCCUGCAUUGUAAAAAAAUAGUUAAUAGUCGGUGAGUGAGGCUAAAGCCAAAAAUAUUUAGAGGCUAUUAACCAGUUUUACUACUUUUAUCUAAGUACCAGAUAGUUCAGAAUUUGGAAAGAAUUUAUGUAUUAAAGUAAUGAAGAUAUUAAUUUUGGAUAUUACUUCUUACUCUGUAUUUUUACUCCAAAGAUAAUAAAAUGUUAAUCAUAAGUUACUAGUUUGUCCCACGGCCUGAAUCGGCUGUUUCUGUGAAGAAUACAAGGCAUGCCGAAAUAUAAUUGGUCCCAGAGGUUCAAUUAUAAUGUAUGCACCUACAAUUGGGAGUGUUUAGCAUUUUAAUCUUGUAAUAAAUAAAUAUAUCUAGAUUUUGAUGAACUUUUAAAAAAACGUUUGCUUUUAAAGUUUACCAUAGAGAGAGAUAUUCUAAUGUCAAAAGCAUGUUCAAAGUUGUCAAGUUUUCCAACUUGGUUAAAAUCCGAAUUUAUAACUAGGAGUGUAUGUAUUAAAUACUAUUUAAAGUUACUUCAAGUGUUAUUUGUAUAUAGCGUAAUAUUUAUUAGUAAGUAGAGUUUACAUCAAGUUAAAUCAUGUAAACUGUUAAAUAAUUAUAAGCGAUUCCAGUUUGGAUAAAAUUAAAGUUAAAUCAAUAAAUGAAUACAUUUUGAAAA